AUGCUUUAUACCGAAACAGAUGCUUUUGGUGUGACAGUACGCCAUGAGUUUAACUCCAGUAACAAGAUCCUAAGGGUGAUAUGUGAAGUAGAAGGUUGUCCAGACAACUACAGCUUCUUUCCAUUCACUCACUUCUGGGGCGAGGACAGAAUCAGAGAGUUGCCAGGAGAACGCGUGUCGCCUAACAAGUACGUUUUGACGAUUGAUCAUGUGACGUAUGCCGAUUCAGGGAGGUAUCAGUGUGGUGCCAGUAAUGGAGUUCAAGGAUUGAACAAGGUCAAUGUUCAAACUAAUUUCACGUCAAUAGAAAUAGGUGAAAAACCCAUUUUGGGUGAUACGGAACAGAACCAGACUGUGUCCGCUGUCCUUGGUAAAACUGUUGUUUUGGAGAGAAAGAUAUUCAGUAAAUCCAAUAUUACUCUUCACACGUGGACAAACGUACGGGGUCAGAAGUUACUAGGUGGACUUUCUACCUCAGAAGUGACGUUAAAUAUCUACAGUAUUACAGUCAAAGAUAUCGGAUAUUUAAUCAGUUUGGAGAUUCCUAAAUUAAAUAAAGAUGACCAAGGACUUUACUCUCUGAAUAUCUGUAACAGCUUUGGAUGCGGCCAUUUUUACACAAUUUUAAACAUAGCAAUUCCAGAACCUGUCGAUGGUUCCACGUCUGACUCAGUACUUGUAGCAGCUGUUUCAGGUGUCACAGUAGUUGUCAUUCUGGUGGUCAUCAUGGUCGUGGUCAUCGUCAUAGUCAGAAAGAGGAGGAAUUCAACAACAAACAAACAUUCCCAGGAUGAUGAUCAUGAUUAUAUGAACCAGGACAUCAACCAGCAGGUUGACGGUCCGACUGUGGAAUAUGUGAACAAUGUAUAUGAUGUGAACACUGUCAACGAUGUGAACACUGUGAACACAAAUACUGAGGAGCCCCAUGUUUAUCAAACUCUGAACAAUUGA